UUCUCUCUCUUCCUUUUACUCUUUCUCUUUCCAAUCACUGUUCAUCUUCCUCUUCUUCCUUCUUCCCUCUUGCAAAACCGCGACCACCAAAGCUCUUGCCAACCCCCACGCCGGAGAUCACUCUCGAUCGACCUCGGGUUUUCUUUGUCCAACUGCUAGCACCACGACAACCAUCCUCAUGAAGCUUCUCCACCUCGACCGACUCCAACCCGAAACUCUGAAGAUCCUUAUGGGUCUCGCCCAACCCAUCGACGUCGAAGCAAGAAACCUCCAUCAAUUAGGUUUCCUAAGACACCCGCGACUCCACUCCUCCAAAGGAAUCUUCACCUUAUCAACUGGCAACAUCUCUGGCCUCUUAACCCAUAUGAAGCAACAAAGAACCUCUCGAGCUUCUUGAUCUUUAUGGUUUCGGAUAUCACCUCAAUCAUCACAGCUAAAGGGCUAUCCAAUGACUCUAAAAUUCUCAGACCUUGCUAUAUUUCAGCUAAGACUUCAUCCUCAGCUCAGCCAAUCUUCACUCUUAUGAGGACUGUCUUCAAGGAUAAUCAAACUCCCAAGUGAAAGCAGCGGAGCAAAAAACACAAGUUUUGGUCUACCUUCACCAUUGGCGACUGGCAAAAAUGGGUGGCUAGACUUGAGGUUCAUCACAAAGAGAGUUAAAAGAGGCUCAAAAUCUACGACUUCAUUUAACUCACCUGUCAUGUUCUCGAGAUCGAUGUGAAUCUCCCAACCUCCCUGCUCUCUUUCUAGGAUAGGAGCCUUAACACUUUUAUCUUCCAUGUGGGUUCCUCAUAAUCACACUCUGGGAUAUUUGUUGCCUCACGAGCCUUCCAACCACUACCUGGGAGUGUACUCUCUUCUUUUAUGUCAUGCUCCACAAAUUCCUGAGUUACCUCCAGGAGGUUUUGUUCGGUCGGACAUAUUACUCAUCGCAAAGAAGCUGGCAGCAGGAAAGAAAAUCCCCUUAGCUCCACUUGCUCUAGGUCUCCUCUGUCGGGUCUGUCACGACAUGGCAUCCAAACCUUUGGGGAAUACACCUAUUUUCCAAGCCUCUGCCCUCCAACCAACUCAGCUUCUCCAUGACUUUAGGUCUUAGGUGUUAUGGGCUGAGAUUCAAGGGAUUGUCGAGGCCUAAACACACAAUGGAAACCUGCUUGAAGCAUUUACUUAGCCUCAACCUUAACUGACUCCGAACCCUUCAAGAGCUGUGAAGUCGGCCCUUCUUGGUUAUGCCCUGAACUAACCGAGGACUCGACUAUCUAGUCAAUGGUUGCCUGGAGGAGCUACUUAAUAUGUAGGUUUCUCUUCAUACCUCGAGAUGGAUGGAAUAGGGUAAAUAUAGAGGCAUACAAUGCUCAUUACGUGGCUCAGUAGUUCGAGCUUGUCCUGGGUCUCCUUGCUCCGUUCUCUUAAUCAAAAGAGAUGUUUACCAGUCUUGAGAUGAUCCUGGAGCUAAAGACGCAUAAUUGCCGAGACUUGAGAAAGGGUAUUCAUCUUGACCUUCACUCUUUCGUCAGCCACUUCUCCAGAAUUUCCUUCAAGGGAGAAAUCCCCAAGCAGCAAAGAAAUGUGGAGAAUAUAACUCCCUCUCCCCGGUCAACAUCAUCUAAAGCUCAGAUCAAGUGAAAAAGUGAAGGUUUUAGCUCCUCGAGGCCUAUGAAAAUCAUGAAAGCCGCACCUCCAAAAGCGAGCAAAACGUUUACCGAGAUUCAUAUGUCGAUCUUGGCGCAUCGCUUCUCAAAUCUUCAAAUCAAAAGGUUCUUCCUCUUAAGUCAUGGAGACUUGCGACAUUUCUGAUAGCGAGCAAUCCGAGAACGAGAAAGAUGAAAGGCAGACCUCAACCAAGGCUUCCUCCGAUACUCACUCAGCCUCGAGUAGCUCUCAGCACGCUUCUUACUCCAAGACCAUAAUGCUGAGGAGUUAUGUGAGGAUCAUGAUCUCAACACUCCUUUUCCUACAAAUGACGAUGAAGUUUCCGAGGGAAACUACUAUGAGCUGCACUUCGGGGAUGCACCAGAGUCUAAAGAGGGUGAACCCCUUGCUACCGGGUCAACUGCUUCUAUCGAGGCUGAGCAAAGUCCUUCUAAGGACACAACGAGCAACAAAUCUCCUUCAAGUUGCUCCCCUUAUGGCCGAGACCACUGCGGAGUCUUUGCGAUCUGACAUUGCCAUGAGGUUCAUGCCAACCCUCGAUUUUGGACCCCCUUCGAGUCAGCUUGUAACUGAGUCUGUUAGGGCCAGACAUGCCAUAACCAUGUUGAGUAGCAUGUUUGGCCAACCUCUAGAAGAGCUUCCAGAUCACUUUGUCUUCAAGCAGCGUGAGGGCUUCAUUUCGGAUUUGCUUGGCUUCGUCAUUAUACUAGAGGCCACUCAAGAAAGACUGGUCCAACUUCCUAAGACAGUCUCCUCCCUCUUAAGUCCAGCUUCAAUGCCUCGGCUCAUGUCAUGCAAUCUCCGAGAAAAAACUCUCCAUGGUAACUCAGCUUCAGGAGGAUUUUCAACAAUCUUUGAGCUUAAAGACCAAGCUUAACUCACUUGAGUUAGAGGGGUUAGAGCUGGAGAAAGAGAUUAGCCAAUUGAAUUAUCGCCCAGCCAAGAAAAAAGAGGCUAUAGCUUCCGUUAGGGAAGAGUUGAACUCAAUCCUCAAAUCUAUGGCUAUUGGCGAGGUUGAAGUCAACUAGCUUAAAGCUGAAGUUCUAGACCUCGAGAUGCAGCAAAUGCAAGCUCAACAAAGCUCUUAGGUAGCCUGGCUUGAAUGGGAGUCCCUUGGGGCGCUAGUCGGACUCAAGGGAUCCAUGAUUCCCGAUGACUCUCACUCACCAUGCACUUAGGAUUUCGUUUCAAUUCACCUUAUUUGAACUCUGAUUGACUCUUUACCUUGUCUAUAUGUUUGAAUUUUACUAUUUCACAGCCAAUAUGGCUGUUGUACAUGACUUGGUUAAGGGUAAAAACUAGCAUUACUGACUGCUGUGAUGUUCCUCUAA